AUGGCGGCUGUGUAUACCGGCGAUGUAGCUAAAACUGAGAGCGAUACCUCUCAUAACUUCACGCCCACAGUGACACUCUUCAUAACGGGCACAUCCAACCUAUUUUUUAACACUAAUACAGACCAGGAUUUUUUGAACACCACGACCGCAGACUACUACAGCACCGACGAUGAUCUAUUCAAAUCAGACAUUGGGAUUUUUACUGUGUGUCUUUUUAUUAUCUUAUCUGCCAUCGUCCUGGUCAUUGGGCUUGUCGGCAACUGUCUGGUGUGGUUUGCCGUUUGGAGGAAUCCCAGAAUGCGCAGUGCCACCAACAUUUUCCUUGUGAAUCUCGCUGUAGCAGACUUUCUUGUGAUUCUCAUUUGCCUGCCUCCAACCAUGGCAGAAGACAUCACGGGAAUCUGGUACCUAGGCAAGGAGAUGUGUAAGAUCGUCAAGUGUUUACAGGUGAU